AUGCCGCCGGCGUUCUCCGUCCUAUCCGCUACCUGCAGGUCAAACAGGGUGCUCUUAGUUCUAAGGAGGCUCGGUGUCCUUUGUUCCUGCGCGCCAACUGUUCGACGGAAUGCGUCAGAGGAGCUGCCUAGCGCAGGUUUACAUUCACGCUUCCGCCAGAGCGUUGUCCAGUCUGGGUAUUUUCUUGGAUCUCUACGAAUUUGCCAUUAUAGCGCUUCAGAUGGUUCCAAGGAUGUCCUUGUCAGUGAAAUUGUUAAAAUUCUCAAGCCCGCCAAUGGCGAGAGUGAGCUCGCCGAAGUUCUCAAUCAGUUUGCAGAUGAGAUGGAUGAGGAUGUUGUCCUGAAGGUCCUUCAGAAGCAUAGGUCCAAUUGGAAAGUCGCACUCUCUUUCUUCAAAUGGGCAGCUAGUCUACCCAGGUAUGCCCACGGGUCAAGAUCGUACACUGAAAUGCUUGACAUUCUUGGGAGAAUGAAGAAGGUCAGGCUAAUGAGGCAGCUGUUUGAUGAGAUCCCUGAGGAGCGCCGCCAGUUAGUGGUCACAAACAGGAUGUUUGCUGUGCUGUUAAACCGGUAUGCAGGUGCACACAAGGUGCAGGAGGCGGUUGAUAUGUUCUACAAGAGGAAGGAUUAUGGGUUUGAGCUUGACUUGGUCGGGUUCCAGAUACUUUUGAUGUCUCUCUGUCGGUACAAGCAUGUUGAGGAAGCAGAGGCCCUUUUUCUCCAAAAGAAGGAUGAGUUCCUUCCUGUCAUAAAGAGCUGGAACAUCAUUCUUAAUGGUUGGUGUGUCAAGGGAAGCUUGGCAGAUGCUAAAAGGGUUUGGAAUGAAAUAAUUGCAUCUAAGCUUAAUCCAGAUCUAUUCACCUACGGUACAUUCAUAAAUUCAUUGACCAAAUCUGGCAAACUUAGUACUGCAGUGAAACUAUUUACAAGCAUGUGGGAGAAAGGGAUCAAUCCUGAUGUGGCAAUUUGCAAUUGUAUCAUCGAUCAAUUGUGCUUUAAGAAAAGGAUUCCAGAAGCACUUGAGAUUUUUAGUGAGAUGAAUGAUCGUGGUUGUCAGGCAAAUGUUGCUACCUACAACACUUUGAUAAAACACUUCUGUAAGAUAAAUCGAAUGGAGAAAGUCUAUCAACUUUUGGAUGACAUGGAAGAUAAGGGCAUCUCUCCAAAUAAUAUGACUUACUCCUGCAUUCUGAAGAUGACAGAGAAACCCAAAGAUGUUAUUUCAUUGAUGCAGAGGAUGGAGAGGUCUGGUUGUAGAUUGGACUCUGAUACAUAUAACUUAAUAUUGAACCUUUAUGCCAGUUGGAAUUAUGAAAAAGGGCUUCAGCUAGUAUGGGAUGAAAUGGAGAGGAAUGGAUCAGGCCCAGAUCAACGAUCAUAUACUAUAAUGGUUCAUGGACUCCAUUCCCAUGGUAAGCUGGAUGAGGCUUUGCAGUAUUACAGAACAAUGCAGUCAAGAGGGAUGACACCAGAACCAAGGACGAAGAUAUUGGUAAAAGCAAUGCUUAUGAAGAAAGAUGAAUCUCCUACAGAAGAUCAACCUCCAACAGUUAUCAGGAGGGAUCUAAAACUGGAUCCAAUGUCAAGACUAUUCUGUGUUCGCAACUAGUUCAUUAACAGAUUCUGUUCCUUUAGUUCUAACAGAACGCUGUUUUGUGGUUGACAAAAUCCAGCCUUUUGAGUGUCCAUCCCACCUCUUGAGCCCCAAAUAGAAGCAUCACAGAAUUUAUGCACAUGGUUUUAUAUGCAAAAAGAGUUAAUAGAGUACCAUACCCUGAUACUUUUAUGCUUGAGUUCAUUUGCUCGUAUCUCCUGAUACAGUUGUCGAUCAUCCAUCCAACGAUCUUGCCUUUGAGUAAAUGCCUCAUGGUUGCUUGGUUGAUUGACUCAGUCAGAAAUUUGUCAAGCUCCAGGCAAAAACCCUUCCUAGCUUAGAGACCAGGAGCUGCUGUUGAUGUCACAGAUGCACUGGAGUUUCAUCACCACCACUGUGGACGGGAGCUUUGGAGAUUUCUGUAUAUCAAGAAUCCUUUAUGAAAAUACAAGCAAAAAUUUGAUAAGUUCAAUCAGGUCAAUUGGAACAACAGAAUUCCACGUGCCAUUUCUCUUUAUUCCUAAUUCUAAGCCUUUCUUUGUUGGUUUUGUAUCAGAUAUGUGCCCUUUCAAUCAGCUCAAUUGGAAUAACCAAAAUCUGCUAUAGCUCUCGUUCCGUUAACAUUUUUCAUGUUCUUUGUAAAUUUUACAUCAGAUCAGAUCAAUGUACAUUAAUAGGAUGUUUGGUCAUCUUGCAUUCAGAUCAAAUCAGACCUGUGGAAUACAAUUAGAAUCUUGCAUGGCCUCCAAAGAAACACAAGUUCAGAAUAACCAAUAGCUUGCUUGGGAUACAUUUGUUUCCCUUAUAUCACACUAGGAAAAUUCACAUGACAAAGAAAAUAGUUUCAUAGGAGUUGUUUCACGGUAAUUACACUUGUGGGUUAAAAAAAAUGAACCAGACCAACUCAAUGAUACACAUACUGCAGAGUGAAAGGGAUUGAACUGAAAGGGAGUCUAAUUAUAUUAGAGAAAUGAUAAUAAGGGUGAGUCUUCUAGCUAUAAACAUAUUGCAUAAGAUUUUAUGUCUAGAUAAAGGAAAGAAGUAACGAGAAAGAGAAAAAAAAAGUGAGCUACUAAACAAUAGCGAGCUGCA